AUGGCUAGCUCGCGACCGCACUCGACUGCGAGCUCGACUCGGGCACAAGGCCGCCCGCCGUCCAGCUCCAACGAGCGCACCGCCCUCCUCGCCGCCGCCCACUCGCCGACCCGCUCAGCCUCGUCCGCGCACGACCACAACCCCGACGCCGCCCUCGAGUCGGACGCCGAGGGGGCCCACAAGCGCGUCCAGUACGCAGGCGGCGCCACCUCGACCUCGGGCUCGUCGACGCCCCGGCACGACGCCGCGUUCGCGAGCCUCCCGCACCGCCUCACGAGGGCCGCUUCGAUCCAGCGCAAGCAGGAGCGCCAGGCCCGCGAGCGCACCCAGUGGCAGGACCUGUCGAUCCGUGCGCGCUACUACAUCCCCUGUCUGCAAUGGCUCCCGCAUUACAACCUCAAGGACUUUAUCCGCGACGUCACGGCCGCUCUCACGCUCACGAGCAUGCUCGUCCCGCAAUCCAUGUCGUACGCGACCUCGCUCGUGCACACGGACCCGGUGCACGGCCUCUUUGGCGCGUCGAUCCCGGCCAUGCUCUACUCGGUCCUCGGCACCUGUCGCCAGCUGUCGGUCGGGCCCGAGGCGGCCCUGUCGCUCCUCACGGGCGAGUUCAUCGCCAAGGUCAUCGAGACCGAGGAGCAUGCCCAUGGGUCGCUCAGCGUCGCGCAAAAGGCGACGCUCGCCGUCACCAUCACGACGUGCAUCACGUUCGAGUCGGGCCUGGUCACGUUCAUCCUCGGCUUCUUCCGCCUCGGGUUCCUCGACGCCGUCCUCUCGAGGGCCCUCCUGCGCGGCUUCAUGACGGCGGUCGGCAUCACCAUCUUCAUCUCGCAGCUCGUCCCGAUCCUCGGCCUCGAGCAAGGCCUCACCGAGCAGCACGGCGCGUCGUCAUCCGUCGUCGAAAAGGCGACGUACCUCGCGACCCAUUUCGCGCACGCGCACCGCUUGACGAUGCUCGUCAGCGCGGCGGCGUUUGCCGUCCUCGUCGGCGGGAGGGCCGUCAAGAAGGUGCUCGCGACGAGCGAGCGCAGGUGGAGGUGGGUCAAGUUUGUGCCCGAGGUGCUCGCCGUCGUCGUCGUGUCGACCUUCUUGUCGCACUCGUUCGACUGGCAAGACGCCGGCCUGCAGGUCCUCGGCGUCGUCUCGCCGGGCAACGUCAAGGUCCGCAUCCCGUUCGUCGGCUGGGGCAUCUACACGCAGUACAUCACCAAGUGCUUCGGCACGUCGACCGUCAUCGCCAUCCUCGGCUUCCUCGAUUCGAUCGUCGCCGCAAAGGACAUGGCGUCAAAGUACGACUACUCGAUCUCGCCCAACCGCGAGCUGUGCGCGCUCGGGUUCGCCAACGUCUUUACGUCGUUCUGCACCGGGUCGCUGCCCGGGUACGGCUCGAUCACGCGCUCGCGCCUCGCGGCCUCGACGGGCGCGACGACCCAGAUGGCGUCGCUCCUCACGGGCACGUUCAUCCUCCUCGUCACCUACUUCCUCCUGCACCUGCUCGCCGCCCUCCCCAAAUGCAUCCUCGCCGUCAUCGUCAUCGUCGUCGUGUUUUCGAUCCUCGAGGAGGCGCCACACGACGUGCGCUUCUUCUGGAAGAUGCGCGCCUGGGUCGACGGGGGGCUCAUGCUCCUCACGUUCGUCCUGUCGCUCUUUGUCGGCGUCGAGGUCGGCGUCAUCGUUUCGGUGUGCCUCUCGCUCGUCCUAUGCGUCAAGCAGUCGACGGCGAUGCGCAUCAAGAUCCUCGGGCGCGUACCGGGCACGUCGCUGUUCGAGCCCCUCGACGACGACGACGAGCACGACGACGGCGGCGGCCUCCUGUCGUCCCUCUCGGAGGAGGUGCCCGGCGUCCUCAUCGUGCGCAUCCGCGACGGCGCCCUCACGUUUGCCAACACGGGCGCCAUGAAGGAGCGCCUCAGACGGCUCGAGCGGUACGGCCACGGCAGGCACCACCCGAGCGAGGAACCGAGGAGGGCAGAGGCGAGCGUCGUCAUCUUUCACUUGGCCGACGUCGGAGAGGUCGACGCGAGCGCGCUCCAGAUCAUGCGCGAGCUCGUCGAGUCGUACACGGCGAGAAGCGUCCUCAUCUACUGGACCCAGUGCACGCCCGCCGUCGUCUCUCGCCUGCGCCAAGCCGGC